AUGCCCGCCCUACCGCAUGGCGCCCUCCAGCCCGCGCCGGCGCCUGUGCUGACCGCGACCUCAGAUCGCAACCCUGCCAUGCGCGCCACCAUCGAAGCCCUGCGCACUGCCUCCACCAUCCCCGCCAAGCAGCGCAACGAAAAGGUCAACCCCGUCGUCGAUGCCGUGUGCAGUCAUGCGUACCAGCAUGGCCUCAGCCGCGACCAUCUCCAGAGCAUUGUCCAGCUCGUCACGCGCCGCAACCACCUUGACCAGACGAGCUCGACUAGUCUCAUCAAGAACCUGUACCCUGCCGCUCGAGUGCCGUCCGACAUCGUAAUCGCUAUUGUUGGCGCACUCGGCCACGCCCAGUCCAAACCCUCGGCUGCCACCCAGGCCGCUUUGUUGAAGUGGGUCAUUGCUGUCAUCGAUGCGCUCGAGGAUGCAACCGUACUGUCCAAGCUCUAUGGCGUUUUGUUCAACUUGCUGGAUACGAUGAGUCUCCGAACUCCACUUUGCCAUCUGCUUUCCCUUGUCACGCGUCGCAAGCAUGUUCGCCCCUUCCGCAUCCAGCAAUUGCUGGAGAUGGUCCGCACGAGUGGCCAGGAUCCCGCUCUGGUCGGCCUGCUUCGCGUCUACAAGGACUACUACCCGGAAAUCAUCGUGGGGAAUGCUGCCUCAGGUCGCACUUCUUUUGCGAGCCCAGCCCAAGACGAAUGGCGACGAAGACUCCAGACUAUCCAAGAGGCCAACGCCGACAGCAACUAUCAGCCUCAUGCGCAGCAGCAUGGUUUCAGAGUCAUUCGACGUGGAGCGAAACGAGCAAAGGUUUCCAUCGUGCCCGAAGUACACACUUCCUAUGCAAAUGAAAAGUCUGUUACGCUUGAGGAGGUUCACAAUGCCGACGCGCUCGUUAAGCAUCUGGAGCGCAUCGAGCUGCCGAACCAACUGUUGGCAUCGUUCAAAGACCCUCUUCUGCAGAAGUUUCUGAUACUUAAACCUUCCGACACGGCUGCACGUAGGCUAGAGCUUUGGCUGGAGAGUUAUCUUCGAGAAGCCUUGGAUGCUAUUGCCAGUGGCACCAAGGGUCCUGACCACUUUGACGAGUUGCUUGAUGGCAUGUUGAACUACACCACAGCCACGAAGAAUCUCCUUCCCACUGGCCGAGAUUUUCUCAAGUCGUAUCUUCCAUUUUGGGACGGCCGGACAUAUUCGGAGUCCAUCCUUGGUCUGUUGGCUUAUAUUCCUAUGGAAGAUUUCCGAGAAUCUAAAACUUCCUACUUGAGCCCUGCCGAGGCAGCAGUAGUCGCAAGUGGCACCGCUGACGCCUACGACCGCCUUCUUGCUUUCUACACGGCCCUGGUACAGAACUGGAACCACGCUGCCAAUACCAGUAGACCAGACCCUCGAGACCCCGCCGAGGACCCUGUCACGUCCUCCGACUUCGCUGCUUUGACUACCCACAUCUCCAACACCGUCCUAUCCCUCUUAAGCUCACAGCAACGCAUUCCUUUAUCGACGGCAACCGCCAUCCUUACCUACUACACGACCCUAUCCACACUUUCCUCUGCCAUCACUCCACUCACCAUCCCAUCUGCGCCCACCCUCUACAACCUGCUUUUCCAGCCCUCGCUCGCCACCAUCUCCCACCUCUGCACCCUCCUCGCGACCUACAAACGCGCCUUCGAAACCGACCUCCAGGACCACGCCACCGCCUCGGCGAACCUGCCGCGUGCCGUCACCAACGCCUUCAACGGAUACCUCAUGGACGUCGCCAACCUGUUCUGGCGCUCGCGCGCCCUCACGCCCACCGACCCCAACGCCAUGGGCUGCCUAUGCGCGCCCCCCGUCGCCGCCGCCCUCAACGCCUACGUCUCCUCCCUCCCCCCCGUGCUGAUACCACCAGCCUCCACUCCCACCACCACAACGACCCCCACUCCCACUCCCACCCCCGCCCCCGGCACCGGCCCCGACUACACCCUCGCCUCCCUCUUCGGCCUCUCCCACAACGCCCUCACCGCGCCCCUCGCCCUCGCCACCCUCCGCGACCUGGAAGCCGCCCACCUCGCCGCCGCCGCCGCCGCCAGUCACGACAACGACAACAACGACAACGACGCGCCACAACCACCGCCCCCACAACCCCCAAGACACCCCCCCGGCCCCGUCACCCAACGCACCCUCCACCGCCUCGCGCGCUCGGGAGCCGGCGGCGGCAUGGAGCUCAGCUGGAAGGCCUACCGCGUCCGCGUCCUCGAGUGGCUGGCCGAGCACGGCGUGCGCGGGCUGCGCGACUUCAUGUUCGUCACCAUGAAGGAUUUGAUGAAGGAGGCUGCUGCUUCUUCGGGUACGACUAGUACUGCUACUGCUACUGCUACAGCUGCUACAGCUGGUGGUGGUGGUGGGGGUGGUCGCGGCGGUGCGACUACGGCGGCGGCGUGA